AUGGCCCCCUUACCAGCCCCGUUCUUGAAAAGAGUGGCCCCGGUGGUCCGCGCCGGCGUAACAUCAUGCAUCGUUAUGCAAGCAGGAGAUAUCCUAUGCCAAUCUAUUCAGCGUAGGAACAAGUCGGGUGCGCUGGACUGGGGAGCCCAUGACUGGAAGCGCACCGCGCGCUUCGGCCUCAUAGGCUUGACCCUUCACGGGCCCUUCUUCCUCUGGGGCUUCCGCAUGAUCGACGAGCGGUUUGGCCCGGCCAAGACUCUGCUCACGGCCGCCAAGAAGACGGCUUUCGGUCAGGUGACCAUCUUCCCAGCCUACGUGGCAGCGUUCUUCACCUACAUCGCGAUCCUGGAGCCGGGGGGCAACCUGGCGGCGGUGGGGACGAAGCUGCGGAGCAGCUUCCUACAGACCUACGUGGCAGGCUCUGUAUUCUGGCCCGCAGCCAACAUGAUCAACUUCAUGUGCUGUCCACCUUCGGCCCGCAUACUCUACGUCAACGGCGCGGGGCUCGUGUGGAACGCACUCCUCAGCGCGGUCAACAGCCAGCAGGCUGUGGCUGUGGGGAGCCCGCCGGCGCCGGCGGCUGUAGCUGUCAAUCCAGCUUAG